GAGAUUGCUGUGGAGCUGGGCUGGGCUGGGCGAGGGAGAGGGCAGACUUCCCGGCGACUUUGAUUGGGCUUCGGUGUCGGGAGGUGGAGACGCCGCUUCUCUUCCUGGCCAGUCUCACAGGUUGAGUUGAAUCCAGGUGUGUGUGUCUGCCCCCAUGGCGCUGCUCGCCUUGUUCCUGCAGUUAACCUGCGUCUCGCUCAUCUACGCUUCUCCGGGCGACCCCGUCCCGACCAGGGAAUGCGUGGGCUCCUUCAACACCUCCCAAGGCUUCACCCUGCACCCGGAGAGCCUGGAGAACGGCGCCGAGCUGCUGGAUGUGCGGCGAGUGAACAGUUCGUCGGCGUGCCUGUCCCACUGUUGCGCCCUGGCGCGCUGUAGCCUGGCUCUGGUCGGGGGCUCCGCUUCAGGGGGGCUUCAGUGUUUGCUCUUCGACUGCACCCGCGAGCAGAAGUCGGUCUGCACUCUCCUCGUCCGCCAGGGCUUCGAGGCCAGUUUGAAAUUGGUCUCCUCUCAGGAGAACGACACACUGGCAGUGGAUUGCACAAGUCCCUCGAAGGCGGGCCCGUGCCGUGCCUGGUUUCCUCGGUGGUAUUUCAACACCACGGAACAGGUGUGCCAGGAGUUCAUUUACGGAGGCUGCCUGCCCAACCCGAACAACUAUGAGAGUGAAGCGGAUUGCCAGAAGGCCUGCAGCAAAGUCACAGAACCGUUAAGCAACUUGGUGCCAGUGGUAAGCAGAAGUGUGUUGAGUGUGAAAGAAUGUUCGAGGCAGUGUUCGGCUGAUGAAUUCCACUGCCGUGACGGCUGCUGUGUCCCCUCUGACCAGAUUUGUGAUGGGGAGGUACAUUGCCUUGAUAAAUCAGACCUCCAGUACUGUGAUGCGGUUCGUGACAGUUACACACUAUUGACUGCACCUGGGGGCUCAGAUGAGCAGGACAAUGCACUCCUUUCCGAACCACAGCCAAGAGACCUAUCCGUUGCGGAGAAUAAAGCGUACUGCUAUGCUUCUGCCAUGACGGGGAGAUGCCGCGCUGCUUUCCAGCGAUGGUACUACGAACCCGCGCGGGGGGCCUGCAUGACCUUCACCUAUGGUGGCUGUGGAGGGAACAAGAACAACUUCGAAUCGGAGGAGGAUUGCGUGGUCGCUUGCUCGUGGGAGAUAGCGUACUGCUAUGAUCCGGCCAUGACGGGGCAUUGCCGUGCUGCUUUCCCGCGAUGGUACUACGACCCCGAGGUGCAAGACUGCCUGCCCUUCAUCUACGGUGGCUGUGGAGGGAACAAGAACAACUUCGAAUCCAAGGGGAAUUGCUUGACCGCUUGCUGGGGGGUGCCAGCACUUGUCUCCGAACCACCGGAAAGGAAGCUAUCCGUUGAGGAUAAAGGUAACUGGGAAAAGAGCGAAGACGGGGGCAAGCACGACGGGCAGCACCACUCCGGCUUCCGUCAUCACGUGUCAGCGAUCUCAAUGGUGGUUCUCCUGGCCGUCUGCAUCCUGGUACUCCUCGGAGGCGUCGUCUACUUCAUCGUCAAGCUGGCAAAGGCUGACCACGUGGUGUCCUACCAUCGCACGCGCUCCAGGGAGGACAAAGAGACCCUCAUCAACACAGCGUAACCCCCGCAGAGGAGCUGACACCCAGCACUUGGGUGUGCAGCAAAGACAUCCAUCCCCAUCUUUGCAUCAGCAUUACUAAAAUAAGUGUAUCCCAGUUUUGAUCUCUACGGCUGUGCUGAUGACAUUACCUUAUCCAUAAACGUUUGUGUCUUAAUCUUUUAAAUUGUUUAUGAUGAAGGAUAGUUUUUGCUGUCGUACCCCUGUGGGUCCUCCUUGUAGUUAGUUGACACGGGCAGAUAAUUAGUUCUGAUGGCUUCUGCCUUGAUGUGGAACCUCACUCUGAUCUUGCCCCUUACCGUAGAGUACAUUUGAGUGACUGAGGGAUUUGUUUCGAAACCCAAAGGAUGGGCAUGAUUUCCCCCCUCCCCCUUGUCUUUCUCCCUGGGCCUCCUGUCCCAUGAUCCUCUCAUAUCCCCUUCACCUGUCCAGCUCUUGGCUCCAUCCCUCCCCCUCCUGUCUUCUCCUAUCAUUUUGGAUCUCCACCUCCUCCUCCCAC